GAUGUUAGGCUUCUGUUUUCGGCCAGACUAGCCCUAAUGGAAAGGUGGACUAAAGAUCCAUUUUCUGGGAUGGAAGCUCUGAGGACUGUCAUUUAAAAGCCUACAUUCCAGGACCUGCACAGUCUCAUAGUGAGUGGCCUCUGUGGACAGUUGUGUAACUUCUACAUUCCAAUGUAAAUCCUUGAAUUUGAUGUGGCUUUCCAGAGUUCAUCCCAGGUCAUUUGAAAAUGCAGUGACCUCUGAGCAUUUCAGGAUUUGCUGGCGGAGUCUGGACCUGAGGUGUGACCUAUUGUGUUUCAGAACCUACACUCCUGGAGAGAGGGUUGUCAAGUCUUCCGCUCAGAUGGCUGUUUAUCAGCAUAGGGACAUUUCCGGUGAGACAGAACUACAGAUAAUGCUGGUGAAUGUGGCCAAUGCUGCCCUGGUUUGCACAGCUGAUGCAGUUUCCCUUUUUUCCAUCUGCAUUAUAUGGCUCUUUGAUCAGAGUGGAGUUGAUUUCAGAAAGGGCUAUGAUGAAGUCUGAUAUUGAAGAAAACUGCAUAGAUAAUCUUAGUGAGACCACCCAGCUUCCUCUUUCCAUAAAGAAAUGAGCACAGUAGUUCACACUCCGAAAAGGAGGCACUAGGGCCCUGAGUUAAGAAUCUUGUUUUUUUGUUUUUGACCACACGGGCUGUUACGCACUAAUUUCCUUUAAGACUUGCAAUGAAGUCAGUAAACCACAGCCUUCAGCAGGCGCUCUCCAUGCUGGUGCUUUCCGUUAUGACAUGCACUUGACAUGUCCAUCCUCUGCUUGGCCGGACCAGUCUAUCCCUGUCACGCAACAUGGACCAAAGAGAGAUUCUACUGCAAAACCUGGACAGGGCCCAAAGCAGAAAAUUUAACAGAGAGGAGUUUGCAAACGAAUUUUUGAAGCUGAAAAGGCAAUCAACAAAAUACAGAUCAGACAGAAUAUACCCAACAGCAGCGUCUGAGCAACCAGAAAACAUCAAGAAAAAUCGAUACAAGGACAUCUUACCCUUUGAUCACAGCAGAGUGGAGCUCUCCCUCAUCACAUCAGAUAAAGAUUCUCAUUACAUAAAUGCCAACUUCAUCAAGGGAGUAUAUGGGCCGAGGGCGUAUAUAGCUACCCAGGGUCCUCUCUCCACCACUGUUCUUGACUUCUGGAGGAUGAUUUGGGAAUAUGAAGUCCUGAUUGUGGUUAUGGCUUGCAUGGAGUUUGAAAUGGGGAAGAAAAAGUGUGAGCGGUACUGGGUUGAGGUGGGCGAUUCACCACUCCAGUGUGGUCCUUUCACCAUCACUUGUGAAUUGGAGGAAAAGAAAACUGAAUAUGUGAUUCGGACUCUAAAGGUGACACUGAACAAAGUAAUUCGCACUAUUUAUCAGUUCCAUUAUAAAAACUGGCCAGACCAUGAUGUACCCUCCUCCAUCAACCCCAUUCUUGAGCUUAUCUGGGAGAUGCGCUGCUACCAGCCAGAUGACAACAUCCCCAUCUGUAUUCACUGCAGUGCUGGUUGUGGGAGAACAGGAGUUAUUUGUGCCAUUGAUUAUACCUGGAAGCUGCUGAAGGAUGGGAUUGUUCCAGAGAACUUCAGUAUUUUUAGUCUGGUCCAGGAAAUGCGCACACAAAGGCCAUCAAUAGUGCAAACCAAGGAACAGUAUGAAUUGGUCUACGAUGCUGUGAUCGAACUCUUUAAAAGACAGAUUGAAGUGCUCACUGUCCAGUCAGACUCUACUGUCAUAGAGAUUCAAACAAACCAUCCAAGACUCCAGCCACUUCUGAGCCCACUGGAAGAAACUUAUUCUCUGACACUACCAAGCUGUUCAGCGCGAGAGGAACAGGAGCUACAUCAAAGUUCUGAUCAUAUGGCACAAGGAGAAAUAUCACUGACUGAUGCAUCGAACUGUAGGCCCUCAACAGUACCUGACAACUAUGGGCACAGUGUUCCUCCCAUUAGACAAGCCCUAUCUUCUGGGGCCUUGAACUUCAGCAGCAGCAAGAAUGCAGGUGCCGCUCUGCUGUCUGGGGAACCACUCCAGAAACAUCACAGCUUAGACUUGAGCAGCAUUUUUUCUGACGAGAUUCCUCUGAACCUGAAAUCUACAGCUGCAUGUCAGAGAAACCCUAGUGUCAAGGCCCCAUUAAUACAAACCAAAUCAACUCCCUUUGAGUUAGUGCAGCAGAGAGACACCCAGGAACUGGAUGGAGGGGAUGCUGUAUCCUCUUUGGGCCCCUGGCUACCAAACUCCUGCAGUUCUGUGGGCUUUGAGGUUAAGAAGCAGACUGACUUUUCUUCUGUUGAACUGAACCAUUCAAGCAGACUAGUAGACGCUCCCCCGCGACACAUGAGCAGUGGCCUACAUCCUUCCCCAUAUUGUUGCUCAGCGGAAGACCCUUACUUUUCUUCGCUCUCUUCAGAUGAUCCAGGAUCCCCGAUGUUUAUUGACUACUUUUCAGAGCUGUAUGAAACAGUUUCCCUUUCUUUCCCUGCUGCAAUUUCCACAAUCCAGCCCUUGGAUUCUACCAGGGCCAGUCCUCCAGUGUCAACUCCUCUGUCCCAGCAUGUUCACCCAUUGGAUGACAGGCAGGCAUCCUCGCAGAAAGCAUCUCCAGACCCAGACGAUGAUGUUCCUCCCCCUCUGCCUGAGCGAACCCCAGAGUCCUUCAUUGUGGCCAAUGAAACUGGUCAACCUCCACUGGCAACGUUAAACCACCAACCUGUACCAAGAAAUAUAAACAUUGGAACCUCUUCAGAGUGGAGUGGGGUGCCUCAGCCAAAGAUAUUUGAUGACUCAGUAAGACUGAGGCCAAGUAAGAGUGUGAAGCUCCAGAGCUCCAGAUCAGGUACAGUUUAUCUUGAUGUUACUUCAUUGAGUCCGUUGAGAUACCUGUCUGUUUGGUAGUAAACUCGGUAGUGUACUGUAACUGUACCGAACUGCACUUUGUAAAAGUCCCUAGGCUCCAUGCCCAGAGGAACAGCUUUGUUGUACACAUGACGGACUAGUGCAUCAACCAAACUAGUGUUAGUUUUUAUAGCUCCUAAUCAGUCCCUGAAUCAGCUGGUAUCCUUUUGUGCUACUGUUUCUUUCAGUCUUAUCCGGAAAACGAGUUGUCAUUGUUUCCUUCUCAGACUGUUUAUUGCCUUGGGAACAUUCUCUGCCAUUCUCUUGGGAAUGGGCACUUGUAGCACUUGCAUGUUCUCUUGGGAAGGAUUGUAGAUUUAUACGGAUUGCAUUACUGUGGUCACCAUAGGGGAUGUCAGCCCAAUCCAGUUCAGCAAGCUGAUAUGGGAACUGGACUGGAUGAGCCGCACUGAGAAUGCUACACUCAAGGCAGACUGCAAGGAAUAGGGCACACAAUCAUCAAAACUGGCGGUUUAAUUCUAUAAUUAGAUUCACCAAUCCAGUAACAAAACAGCUUCUAUAAUACCACACUGGUCACCAAGAAGCCAAAUACAGUCUUUUUAAGCAUUCUAGCCCUUGACUUCCAUCCAGACAGAUAAGUCUAAUAUAGUGAGUGAGUGGUUACUGAAAACCUGAUUCACCAUUAUGUGAGGUUCACCAGUUCCAAAGGACCGGACUUGAUUCCCAGGUCAAUGAGAGUCUCAGAUCUUACCUAAUAAUCAUGCUGAUGCCAACCCUUUUGUAACGAAAACUAAAGGCUUCAUAAUAAAAAGAAAAGAGAUGCAAAAGGUUAAAAGAUCAAUAUACAUACAAAUGUGUGUAAAGUCCUUAGGACAGUUUCAUAGCAGAGAAGGUGAGGCUGCUUAUUUGUAAAAGUGUUUCUGGAAUCAAUUUAAAAGGUUAUAAUCCAAUAGGCAGGCAAUCCAGGUGUAACAUCUGCUGAAGCUCUUCCAUGAGAAUUCCCAGGUAAACCUGGAAACCACAGUUUUAUAGCUUAAACCUUCCCUGUUAACAUUUAAGCAGAACUAAGAUGAAAAGGAUCAGGCCUAAAGCUUCCUUUAUAGUUCUCUAGCAAGCUGAUAAGCCUCCUCACAGCAAGACCUUCCCCAAUGAAGAAUAGGCAGUGCAGACUUUUGCUCUGAAGCUAAUCUAUUUCCUAAGCAUACACAAGCAAACCAGUUGCAUUCAUUCACAUAUGACAAUUAGCCAGUAAUUCAUUAUAGCAUAGAUAGUUAAGCUGAAGACAAUGUAAAUAGUAUUAGUUUCCUGCAUUAUCUUGCAUUUUUGAUCUUAAGGUUUACUGAACCAUCUGCAUGCCAAAUAUAAUGCAAUUAAGACAUGAAAGGGAAUUAGCAUCUACAAAUAAAUCUGGUUACAUUGUUAAACUUCUAACAAGAUACAGAUAAACACAGACAAAUACAUCAAUUAGCAUCUAUCCUUGAUUUCUAUUACUACAAAUAAAUAGGUUAAUGAUUGCU